UGUAUGAGACAGAGGCUGCCAGAGAGACAGCCGGGAAUACCAGGAGACCGCCUGGAACCAAAUUCAGGAACGCUAGGAUACUACCGCUUCUACUGGGAGACAAACCUGGAAAAAAUACACUUAAGGGAACACCAAAGAGACAGCUAGAAUUACAGAUUGCUUAGAUUGCUGAGCAACUGCCUACCAUGCAGUGCGGAAUAUUGUGUGCUUAGUAAGGCAGGAAUAUAGCGAGAUAACCAGCAGUACAUAGACCGCCGGCAAUUGUCUGAGAGAGAGAGACAGAUCAGGAUACUGAGAUAUUAACAAGAAGCAUCAAGACGUAGAAGGACACCAAAAGGGAUCAUGACAAAUUCUAGUGUUCAGAUAUAGUAAGUGACUGCUAGACAAAGAGACACCGGGAGCCGGAGACUGUCACAGCCAUCCAGGAUAUACAAGAGCGUCAAUUCCUCAGGAGUAAGACGUGCAGGAGAAGGGGAGACCUGGACAGGAGAUGCCUGGUAUAAAGUAGGAGUCAACCGGACGUGUCUGUGGGGUCCACAUCAGAUACCGAUCCCCGGCUAACGACUGGAUUACGAGCAGAUCGCUACUGAACGACUGGAUUACAAACAGAUCCCACAAAACAGAGACAAUGAACUAUUUGAACGUGCUGGCAAAAGCUCUGUAUGAUAAUGUGGCGGAGUCUCCAGACGAGUUGUCCUUCCGGAAGGGGGAUAUCAUGACUGUGCUGGAGAGGAACACUCAGGGUCUGGAUGGUUGGUGGCUCUGCUCUCUCCAUGGGAGGCAGGGGAUUGUGCCGGGUAACAGGCUGAAAAUACUCGUGGGAAUGUAUGACAAGAAGCAGGGUAGCAGUGAUCAAGGACAACAAAAGCAGCAGCAGUCACCGCAGCAGCAACAGCCACCUCAAACCCCUCUGCCUUAUCAUCACCAAGGUGUCUACAAUGUGAUGCCCACAUCAAGCCAAUAUACAACCAUGCAUUCUACAUACCAGAGUCAAAGUGGAGAGAGUGUUUAUUUGGUGCCCGCAACACCAAUAGGGCAACAGACUCUGUAUCAGACCCCCCAGGCACCACAACACCCUGGUCAAACCACCCCAUCCAAACAAUCAACCAUAUACCAGAACCCAUCUUCCCAGCACCAGUUCACAAGUUCUCAAGAUAUUUAUCAGGUCCCCCCAUCCAUGAACCCCCAACAGGAUCUAUAUCAAGUCCCAGUGGCUUCCACAAACCUUCCUCAGCCUCAGGAUGUUUAUCAAGUUCCACCAUCCGCUGGAUCAGGACAAGACAUCUAUCAGGUCCCACCUUCAAUGACCCAGCCACAAGACAUUUACCAAGUACCUCCAUCCAUGGAUAUAAGGAGCAGUGAUGCCAAGAAAAUCCCAGGAAAGGUUGUCCUCCCAACCAGAGUGGGCCAAGUCUAUAUGUAUGAAUCACCCAAGACAGAGCAGCAGGACGAGUACGAUAUCCCCAGACAUCUUCUCCCAGCAUUAUCUCAAGAAAUCUACGAUGUGCCCACCAGAUGUUUGGUGAACAGUUACAGCCCAGAGGUAUAUGACAUCCCACCAAUGGCAGUAAAAGGCCCUGUCAGCAGAGAGCCAACCCAAGAGAUUUACGACAUCCCACCCAGUGUGGAAAAAACCCUACAAGAGCAGCUUCAGUCUCACUCUAUGAUUUAUGAUAUCCCACCUUCAGUUAGUAAAGAUGUCCCAGACGGCCCUACCAAAGAAGAUACAUACGAUUUCCCACCUUCUUUCUCACAUCAGAAGAUGCAGGCUCCUCCACAACUUCCAACUCAUGUUGCCCAUGACCAUGAGCCAUACAUCCCGGAAGACAUCUAUGAUAUUCCUCCAGCUGCAGUUAAAGGUAGUGAUACAACCUUUUCUCAAGAAAUUUAUGAUGUCCCACCAAGCCUGAGAAAGCCUGCUGGACAAAACUACCUGCAUGACGUUUAUGAUGUUCCAAGAGAGUUUCUUGGAGGAAAGUCUUCCCUGGAUAAUGAGGCAGACUACAUAUAUGAUGUUCCUCCUCAGGUAGACAGGGAAGUAAAGCCUGUUGAUGAUUUAGCUACCAGCUUUAAGAGACUUUCUGCAUCAAGCACUGGAAGCACCAGAAGUAACAUUUCCACAUCUUCGCUUGAUACCAUCCCUGUGAAAGAAUCUGCUGUCAUUCCAUCAAAACCAGUAGGGAAAGAACUGAAUUUGGAUUUAGAGACAGCCAUGGAGUUGCUGGUCAAGCUGCAGCAUGGAGUCAGUAGCUCAAUCUCAUACCUUAUGUCCUUUAUCAGCAGCACCUGGAGAAGCCCAGAACAGAUGGAGGUCAAUAUUCAGAACAUCCAGUUGGCGGUCGAGGGUGUGAAAAAUUCAGUGAAAGACUUGUUAGAGUUUGCCAGAGGAGCGGUAGUAAACUCUGCCCAAGCGUCUGACCGUACCCUUCACGCCAAACUCAACAAGCAAUUACAGAAGAUGGAAGAGGUUUACCAGCAUCUUCUCAAGCAUAGCCAAGCAUUGGACAGCUGCAACUGGGCCUUGAGCAUCUUGGCAACCAAUAAACAAGGCUCAUCUGAUGACCUUGACCGUUUUGUCAUGUAUUCCAAAGGGAUACCAGAUGACACCAAACAGCUUGCUUCAUUUCUACAUGGGAAUGCUUCUUUGCUCUUUAAAAGGACCAAGCACCAUCUCUCUUUGGGUGAUUCCCAGUCUGGACAGGAAAAUGGCAAUCAAUUGGCUAAUAAUAACAAUAAUCUGUCAACCGGUCAACCAGGACACACAGAAAAAGUUAGUAUACAAUCAAGGCCUCUGCCAUCACCCCCUAAGUUCGUAGCAGAAGACUCUCCGGAAGGGCAGUAUGAGAACAAUGAGAGUGGCUGGAUGGAGGAUUAUGACUACGUUCACUUGCAGGGAAAGGAAGAGUUCGAAAAAACCCAAAAGGAGCUUCUUGAAAAGGGAAAUAUUAUACGGCAAGGAAAAGGUCACUUAGAACAGCAACAGCUAAAGCAGUUUGAACGGCUCGAGGAGGAAGUUGCUCGACCUAUUGAGAGUGACCUGUCAAACUGGACACCUCCUCAACACUACAGUCAAGUUCGUAGCUCUCUGAGCAAUUCUGAUCGCCAGCUUCUCCUUUUCUACCAGGAGCAAUGUGAGGCUAACGUGACUACCCUUACUAAUGCCAUCGAUGCCUUCUAUAGCUCAAUCAGCAGCAACCAGCCGCCCAAAAUCUUUGUUGCUCACAGCAAGUUUGUCAUCCUCAGUGCCCACAAGCUCGUUUUCAUAGGGGACACGUUGUCACGCCAAGCCAAAGCUCAGGACGUUCGUAACAAGAUCACCCACUAUAGCAAUUUAUUGUGUGAUAAGCUCAAGGAGAUAGUCCUCACCACCAAGACAGCAGCACUUCAAUACCCGUCUCCCUCAGCCGCCAAGGACAUGGUGGAUAGGGUCAAGGACCUCAGUAACAGUACCCAACAGUUCCGAAUGGUACUCGGACAGCUUGCGGCCAUGUGAGGACAUUAUUGCUCAUCUGUACAGAGACAUGUCAGGUCUGACACUGAGAGUGGGAGAGAGGAGUUAGACGCAAGCUCAAUGAGCUAGCUGCGGACCUUCUUUAGGUUUUCAUUAUAAAAGACAUUUGCUGAAAAAAGCUACCAAUUCACAAAAAAAAAUAGCUAUAAACUGUCUGCGAACUGUGAAUGAAUUUUAUCAGAAAAAUACACUACUCUCUGCAUUUCAUUUGCGGUAAAAUACCGAGCUCCCACGGACUUUAGGCUGUAAUUGUACAUAUUUUGUUGGAGAGAAGCUGGGAUUAGAAGACGUCCACUCUAUAUACCCAAAUUGAUAAACGUGUAUUUUUUUUUAUUAUUAUUUUACCUUUGGCCUUUCAUUAUUUGUGAUUGUUGAAAACCGAAAUCCCAUAAAGGCUUUUCCAUUGAAAUAAAAACUGUAGCGUUAGCGGAGAGAGUAUUUAAAAAACAAUAUUGAGUAUUUUGUAUAGACGUGGAAGACUUCUACGGCAUUUGAGUUCAUUGUCUAAGAUAUCUUUGUCCUACUGAACAUUUAAAGGUUGGAUUAUGAAAAGUGUGGUAUAAUUUUUACUCCUUUAAAAAAAAAGUGUAUUUCAUUCUCUUGUAAAACACAAAACAGCGCAAGCCGGUACACAAAGCAAAUACAUGGCAAGGCAGGCUGUUCUGUGAUAGUCUACUGAAAUGUCCUAACGAGGCUACUUAACUCCAGACUUCCCCUCACAAACUAUGCCUUAAUUAUUUUCGAUGAACUAGAUGUGCUCAAACAGAAAUAUAUAAACUUAUUUUUGAAAAUGUG